CCGAUGUCCAAGAAUGAUGGAAAUUUUUUCAGUUAACAUCUGGUCUUCUUGAUUAUAUUACGAAAAUGGACUGUGGGGAUAAAAGUAAGGGUAAAAGUGCGAUUGAGCUGGCAAUUGAACUUGGUCAAAGAGAGUUGCCUGCUAAAACACUCAAAGUUAAUGGACUCCACGAAGGGCGAGAGUUUUGGAUCAAGUAUGCUGAUCUUCUAGAUCAAGCAUGGGCUGAGUUUCCACACUUACAUCCAGCGCUGUUUACGUACAAUGAAAGUUUUAAGGAAAAGUUUAUUGAACCGCAAUUGAGAGCAGCUGUGAAAGCUCUACGGGAAGCGGCAAAAGUAUGUAACGAAGAUGUUGAUGAAACACCUGUUAAGAAUCUUCUCACUGAGUCUAAAGACGUGAAGGGUGUCUAUGAACUCAAUAACGGAGUGUUCACUGAUGAGUUUCGAACUUUGCUUCUCGAGGAAUUAGAACACGUUGAGCAAAGUGGGAUACCAAUGAGAAGACCCAAUAGCAUGAACAGAUAUGGGUGUAUUUUGGCCCAAAUUGGGAUGAAGGCUGUAUUUGACCAGUUUUGCCGCGACUUCAUUUCGCCAAUAAUGGAGAUGAUCUACCCAGAAUACAUUGCGCGCGGGGAUACAUGCGACAACUAUCCGUUCACCGUCGACUACCGAAAGGACCCUUCGAAGGACUUCGACGUCGAUUUGAAGCGCCAUCGCGACUCCAGUUUGGCGACCUUGAACGUAUGUCUGGGCUACAAAUUCACAGACGGAAACCUGAAAUUCUGGGGCGAUAAUCAAACGCAUUGCUGUCCGAAUUGUCAGUCUUAUGAUGACUCGAAAGGCGACGGAGAGAUCAAAAUGACCCCUGGUCUGUCGAUAUUGCACAAAGGGGGACAUAUGCAUGCGGCGCUGCCGAUCACCAGUGGCCAUCGGGUGAACUUGAUCUUGUGGAUGUAUGGGGAGGGAGGGUAUGUGAGAAAUGGGAAAUACCCUCCGAGUUUGCAGACAACAGCAUUGGAUCGAUGGAGUGAGCGAUAAGAGUCUGACAGCUGAAUCUGCUGUUAACGAGAACAGUUAAAACAAGUAGUUUUUAAUACUAAUCAAAUGUAGACAUGUUGAGCAUGUUUUAACAAACAAUUGGAACUAACUUAGAAAGAGAAUUUAAAUUUUAUACAGACGUGUUUUGAGUGCAUUAGAUUGUAUAUUACUAGUUAAGUACACAGCGGUCGUUACACAAAUUAAGAUCAUUGUCAAGAGUAUUAGGAUUGGGAAUUGUUCAUAAUUUGUUUCGCAUUUAAAAAAUUUCGAUUUCAUCUUUGUGCUCAAUAGUUUUUCAAUUCAAGUUUCAGUUCGCUUUUAAUAGACCAUUUUAUAAAGUAUAUAAUAUCUAUUUUUCUACCUUUUUAUCAAUCUUGUUAUAAAGAGGAAAGCUAUUCAAUUGUUCUCAAAAUAUUGAACUCGCAAUAGGUAUGAGCUCGAUAAUUACCUUGAAAUUUUUUUCGAUGGUGGGAUAUUCAAGUCUUACAGAUACCGGCUAUGCAAUUCAAUACGCCUGUCGCUAAUUUCCGAUGUUAAAGCGCACACUCAAAAGUUCAAGACUGACUAAUUUUGUUGCUUUGACUUACGGUUUUAUUUUACCUGUGACUCUCACUAUUGGAAAUCUGAAAGCCAAUGAGUUUUGUACAAUGGAAGACGGUGCAUGUGAUUCUGGUGCCAAAAGCGCGUUGCAGCGUGCAAUCGAAGUUGGUAAAUUGGAACUACCUUCUCGGAAGUUGAAAGUAAAUGGAGAGUUUGAAGGGAGAGAUUUUUGGCAAAAAUACGAAUCGCUUUUUACCGAAGCUUGGAACGAGUUGCCCAAAUUGCAUCCUGAGAUCUACUCAUAUGAUCAGAACUUCAAAGAUAGCUUCAUAAACCCGGAACUGCGGAAGACAUUUGAACUCCUCCGAGAAGCAGCCGGAAAUUUUGAAGAAAGUUUAGAUGAAAGUGAAUUAUGGAUGCUUCUCCCCGAGUCGAAGGAUGUCAAGGGCGUGUAUGAAAUUUCAAACGGCCUGUUCACGGAGAAGUUUCUGAAACUGUUUCUAGAGGAGCUGGAGCAUUUGUCUAGCAGUGGGAUUCCGAUUAGACGUCCAAAUGGCAUGAACAGAUAUGGUGCCAUUCUAGGUGAGAUUGGCUUCCAGUCUGUCUUUGAUGCUUUGUCCCGUGAGUACAUCUCUCCAAUUGUGCAGAUGCUCUACCCAGACUACAUAUCAGAUGAGGAUGCGGAUGAGAACUACGCCUUCAUAGUCGACUAUCAAAAAGAUUCUUCCGAGAGCUCGGAUUUCGACGUAGAACUAAAGGAACAUCGUGAUUCGAGUGUCGCCACUUUGAACGUGUGUCUCGGAUAUGACAACUUUACUGAUGGAAAUCUACUCUUUCUGAAAGAUGAAGUGACUGAGUAUCAAUUUGAUAGAAGCAAAGGUCAAGGCGAGGUCAAAAUGAGACCCGGACUCUCCAUUUUGCAUAAAGGUCAGCACAGACACGCGGCACUGCCCAUAACAGGUGGCAGGAGGGUGAACUUGAUCAUGUGGAUCAUGGGCCAGGGAGGCUACGUGAGAAUCGCUCCCUACUCUCUCCAUUCCCAGAUGACAGGAAAGAAACGAUGGAAUAGGAACAAACUGUGCUGAUUCUCAGUUUCUUGGACUGUUUUAAAACUUGCUUAAUUUUGGUUAAUUACCGUAGUGUUUAAAUUUAGUUUAUUAGGUGAAUUACAUAAUCCAUUUUUGAAAAACUUUAGCAAUUACGCUUGCUGGAACAUCUCAAAUAAAAAAAUAUAAUAAUUGAUUAUGUUGAAUGAAUUAUAAUCGUUAAAGGAAUAUCAAUUAUGUACCUAACUUAUACUUACUGGGAGCGUUGUAAUUACUGAUUACCUUACAGUUCUAUUAAAUGUGAAGGAUAGUUUAUUGGAGUUGUAGAUGAUAAUUUAAUGCAUGGUUUACUCUGAAAACGUCUGAAACAUGCUCACAU